UCUCAAUUCGAAGUGGCAAGUCCGCUCUUGCUUUCACCUUCACUGGCACUCGGCAGUUGCCUCAUUUCUCUUAGAAGGCCUAACUGUUACUUCCUUGUCUCAACCGGGAUGAGCAGAAUAACGGGUGCCAUCCGACGUCUUCUCCCCAAGCAGCUCCCUCCGUCUCUUUCAAAUCGGCCAGGGAACCUCUAUGAGGUACUCUCGAGAUAUCCACAAGAUGGUGUAGGCCAGGUGGUGCACCAGACACGGUGGACGACGAGGGGCAUAACAGACUGCUACUGGGAGGUGACGCGGACGAAGUUGAAGCUCGAGGGUACACAUGGAAAGGCUUGGGGAUAUCUGACAUGGCGAGGCAAACGGCUCAGUGAGCAGGACGAGAAAAUCCCUGGCGGCUUGAAGUAUCGGUGGGCACCGGGAGCAUCCAGGGGACGGCUAGGGCAGCCUUCACCCCCAAAAGCUGCGGCUUAACGUACUCGCUACUAUUUCCCAUCUACCUGCACGUCUGUGAUGUGAUGAUUUGUCCAUCUACUCGACCAAUGGACAUUUCUAGUACCAUGUGAGUGUCCUGGACCCAAGGGUGCCAUCCAGUGCGGCGACUCGGAGGACUUGCCGCACUUGCAGCAACCACAGAAGCACCCCAGGAAUACAGGCACCACCCGCACACAUAAUAGUCUCGGCAAUGCUACACAGUUGCGUUUCGCCAUGUCUACGGAUCGUAAGUCUCGAGAGAGUGCGUCGUUUCGUAUGAA